UACAUAAAUUCUUAAAUACAUUUAUCUUAAGCCAUCAAUCGGGAAGAACCCAUUUGAUUUCUGGUGAUUUUUCUUCAAAAUACCACAAUAAAAAGCUCUUGCAGGUGUUUACCGAUGGUGAAAUCAAAGAAAAUGCAGUUAGGACUGAAGCAUUCAAACAAGAACCGCUUACGCCCUUCAAACCGCAACAGCGAGUUGGACCUGCUUGGGGAAGCUGGUUGGGUCGUAGUUAAAAAGCAGAUAGUCACCAUUCUUAUACCACCAUUACCUUCGUCUAAGAACUCAAAAAUGGCAAACCAGGGAUCUGAUCAAUUAGAAGGCACACCUAAAAAUAAAGUGAAGGAGCGAUCAAAGCUCUCUGUUCAAGUGUUUCCCAAUUUGCCAUCCGAAUCUGGACGAGAGAAGUCGACUCCAUUUGCUCGUGAAAAGGGUAUUGAAAUUGCUAGAAGAUCUCCUGAUCAGCAAAUUUCAACUUCAGGCAAAUCGCCGGGUUGUGGAGUGCAGCCAAAGAAUCCAGGUGAAGUGGUUACUUUAAAAUCUCAUAAAAUACAUGGACUGCCUGAAGCCUCAAAAACUAUCAGGAGUCACAGAUCAAAUGUCACUUUUUCUGGGAGCAUGUUUCUGAACCGAAGGCUGAGGGUGUCGAAUCUCGAGAGGAAGCUUCAACAAGUUGGUGGCCUGACCAGGUGGCUGACAUCCCUUGGAUUAGAUCAGUUUGUAAGGAUUUUUCAGGCCAAAAGUAUCAACAAAUUCCAGUUAGUGAAUCUAAAUAUGCAAAAGCUCAAAGAUAUGGGUGCACAUGCGGUCGGUCCAAGGAGAAAACUGAUCCAUGCUAUUGAUUGUGUCUGUCAGCCAUUUUCCUUCGGGGCCUUAUAAGUAUUCCCUGUUGGAGCUAGUUUCCUUGCAAUUGAUGAAUUAGAAGGUAGAAAUCGAAGCAUAGAAGAUGAGGCUUAAACUUUUUUGUUGUAGAUAUUCACUUUCAAGUGAUUGAGAUCUCGGAUUGCUACUGGUUCUAAGACGAUUAUUCAGGUUAGACAUGCUGGUGAGGUCGGUGCUACUGGUCAUGAACCAGGACCAAAUCAAAAGGGUUAUUGUAGGAUGUGUAUAAAGAGAGAAUACAGGUGAUUUUCGCAUGCCUCAUCUGCUAGAGAUCCUUGUCUGACUGGAAAUUUACCAUGUUGAGGGUAGGAGCUAUGCAAACGUCAUGUUUUGUUGUUGUCUAUUCAUCAAUUCAACUAACUGAUAGCUGUUGUUUUUAAGACAUUCGCUGGUACU